GGACGAGGGAGCGAUGCUGCUGGUGUCAGUGUCAGCCUAUGGGUACGAAGAGAGUGACGUCACGUGACCUGGGGUUCGGUUUAAACCGGAGUCCACACGUCGUGAUUCCACUGCCGCGCGUGCAGCUCUCUCUUCUUCUGCUUUUUUCCCCCCUCUCUCCUGCUACUCCUCACCGACAGGACGUCGAAACACCAACGUCUCCGAACAACAACAACGUACACUUGUAUAUCAUUUAUCCCCGUGGGAAAGAAAAUCACCGUGAGCAGCCCUCAUCAUAAUCAUCAUCAUCAUGUCUAAAGGAACAGUGGUUCUGGCUUACAGCGGUGGACUGGACACGUCCUGUAUUCUGGUUUGGCUGCAGGAACACGGAUACGAAGUCAUCGCGUUUUUGGCCAACAUCGGGCAAGAUGAAGAUUUUGACGCGGCUCGGAAAAAGGCAGAAAACCUUGGCGCAAAAAAGGUUUUCAUUGAAGACCUGCGUGCAGAGUUUGUUGAGGACUUCAUCUGGCCCGCAGUCCAGGCCAACGCUGUGUACGAGGACCGGUACCUGCUGGGCACUUCAAUAGCACGUCCCUGCAUUGCUCGCAGUCAGGUUGAAAUUGCACGCAGGGAGGGCGCCCAGUUUAUCUCCCAUGGUGCCACAGGAAAGGGCAAUGACCAGAUUCGUUUUGAGCUCACAUGCUACGCCCUGUACCCUGAGGUGAAGAUCAUCGCACCUUGGAGGAUCCCUGAAUUCUACAAUCGCUUCAAGGGAAGAACAGACCUGAUGGAAUAUGCACAGAAACAUGGCAUUCCUGUGCCCGUGACCCCUCGAGCACCCUGGAGCAUGGACGCCAACUUGAUGCAUAUAAGCUACGAGUCAGGCAUCCUUGAGAAUCCCAAGAGUUACGCUCCUGCUGACCUGUACCUGAUGACCAAGGACCCGAAAGACUCUCCCAACACUCCAGAUGUGCUAGAGAUCGAGUUCAAGAACGGAGUUCCUGUCAAGGUGACCAAAGUGAAAGAAGACAUAUCCAUGAGCACUCCGUUUGAGAUCUUCUCACUCCUUAAUGAGAUUGGAGGAAAACACGGUGUGGGCAGGAUUGACAUUGUGGAGAACCGUUUCAUUGGCAUGAAGUCCAGAGGGAUUUAUGAAACCCCGGGAGGCACCAUACUGUUACAGGCUCAUUUAGACAUCGAGACCUUUACCAUGGACAAAGAGGUACGGAGGAUCAAACAGGGACUCGGUAUCAAGUUUUCUGAGUUCAUCUACAAUGGGUUCUGGUACAGUCCAGAGUGUGAAUUUGUGCGACACUGCAUAGCCAAGUCCCAGGAGAACGUGGAGGGCAAAGUGCAGCUCUCCGUCUUCAAGGGUCAGGUCUACAUCCUGGGACGAGAGUCGCCCAAGUCUCUGUACAAUGAGGAAUUAGUCAGCAUGGACGUGCAAGGAGACUACGACCCAGUUGAUGCCUCUGGAUUCAUCAGAAUCAACGCUGUCAGGUUAAGGGAGCACCAUCGUUUGCAGGGUAUCUCCAACACCAAGAAUUAAAUGCAGCAGGCCAGAGGACCGUCUUUCUGUGUGUCCUGAUCUUCUCACUGUGUCAAUAUAUUGCAUUAGAAGGUUUAAACUUGUGCCUUUGUUGUCAUGUGUUGUUUUGAUUUCUCUUUUUUAGUUGAAUUGGCUGUAGGCUUCUUAAUGGUCAGAAUCUUAAAAUGUUGUAAUGUUGAGAAAUUCAAUGUCUUAUUCCUUGAAUUCUCUGGUUCUUAGUUUCUUUACUUUUAGAUGAACAAAUCAUGUGGUUUAGAAAUAAAUAACUAAAUAAAUGAA